AGUUCUUCUGCAAUAAUGACAAAUUAGCACAUCGACGGUGUGGUGAAAAUUGAAGUUUGUGAAGCAAUCCAGACAUUUUUCCCAGCAUAUUUAUGUUUCUAAAUAGGAAGAGUUUAUUACUCGUUCUUCUUCUCAUUGGUCAAGUGUUCGCGUUCGAUCCGUUUAUUGAGUGUCCUGAUGUAGAAUGUUCGUCUAGUUCAUAUUGCUGCAAAACAGUACAAGAUGAUGAAACGACCUAUCAGUGCAGUGAGAUCGUUGAUGUGUUGGCCGACGAGUGCAUUCAAAUGGAUCCCUUGGAUGAAGGAGAAGAAGAAGAUUCUGACGAUGAUGGUAAUGGUGAAUCUGAGGAACCAAAUUUUGAAGAUGAGUUUGAAACAGAAUCUUGGCCUAUGAAUAUCGGUUAAUUUUUACCUGCCAUAAACGCUAGAAAAUUGUU